AGGAAAAAUAACUUUUCAGCAGCUCGUUCUCGUUGUCGUCGUCGUCGUGGUCGCGUUUUCCACACAUAGCCGUGCGUGUUCUUUGGCAGGGUUCCGAUUUUUCUUCUCUGCCUACAACAAACUGCUCUAAUCCUGUUCGAGUUGUGUGCAAAGCAGACCGUAUUCUAAUAAGAAAGUAGAUUGAAAACAAUUCGGUCUUGGACUACGGUGCCCAUAUCAGCCACAGCGUAGAACAAUAUUUUUGUCCCUAUUGGUUACCAGUGUCGUGUGUACUUGACUUUGCAUACUGCACGCUUGUGGUGAUUCGGUCGCGAUUACUAGUGACACUUUCCCUAGAUUCGUCAAAUUCGGUCAUGUCCUUUGGCUGGUGGCUCGGAGCUCUCCCGUAGGAUCAAAGUGAAAAGUUGCAUUGAAAGUCACCGAUUUCGGUCCAAGUGUCAGUAAAUGUUACUAAGAAUAAAAAGAAAGCAUUAAAAUAUUGCUGGAAGAAAAAAUUUACUUGCACCGUAGAGACAGGUUCCAAUCGGAUUCUCGGUGUUUUAUCAGCUUUGAAGUGAGGUGUUUCGUGUGUGAAAAAAGGUGAAAGCAGACGCAAAAACGAGUUCCAAUUGGAUCUCGCCUACUAGCUGGCAUAUAGAAUAUUGUGAUUAAUUGGACUGCUAGAAUAGAUUGGAUCAUCGUCAAGGAAAAAGUUGGCGGGCAGCCCGGUAGCCGAGUUCCUUAAAACUACUAUCAAGUGUAGCCAGUUACGGUUCCGCGUAACGCCUGGCCUGGCUGGCAGAGAAAGCAACUAACGCAGCACACCGGCUGCGAACUGGUGGCUGGCUGUGGUGGAGUCGUCAAGCAGAAGUAUUAUUGUGCGGGUUUAAUUAAGACAUCCCUGAAGCAGGCGAUAAACCGCUGUGAAGAAAACAAAAAAAAAAUAAAACAACACAUUGUGGGUUUCUCAUUUAUUAACAUUGCUCACGAAAACCGCAGCGUCGUCGAUUGUCAAUAGUUUAACCGAUAACACGUAGCAAUAACCAUCGACUAGGAGCGUUUAUAGGUUAAAUUGUCCUUACUAGGGUUAACAACCGGCACUCACACACACACACAACACACAAGGGUCGACCCAUUAACCACAAUGGGAAAGCAGAACAGCAAACUGAAACCGGAGGUACUGGAGGAUCUGAAGCAGAACACAGAAUUUUCAGACGCAGAGAUACAAGAAUGGUACAAAGGUUUCCUGAAAGACUGCCCGAGCGGCCACUUAUCGGUGGAGGAGUUCAAGAAAAUUUACGGCAACUUCUUUCCUUACGGAGAUGCGAGUAAGUUCGCAGAGCACGUGUUCCGGACUUUCGACGCCAACGGCGACGGUACGAUCGACUUUCGGGAAUUCCUGUGCGCCUUGAGUGUCACUUCUCGGGGCAAACUGGAGCAGAAGUUGAAGUGGGCUUUCUCGAUGUACGAUCUGGACGGUAAUGGAUAUAUCUCUCGGCAAGAGAUGCUGGAGAUUGUCACUGCAAUCUACAAAAUGGUCGGCUCGGUGAUGAAGAUGCCGGAAGAUGAGAGCACACCGGAAAAGCGAACGGACAAAAUCUUCCGCCAGAUGGACCGCAACAAGGAUGGCAAGUUGAGCCUCGAAGAGUUCAUCGAGGGUGCGAAAAGUGAUCCGUCGAUCGUACGGCUAUUGCAAUGUGAUCCGCAGGCGCAGUGAGCAAUUCCAAACACACUUCUUCGUCGCCGUCGCCGUCGUCAGCGUUGGCGAUGGCGGCGGCGGCGUCGAACCGCUACUACUGCUACUAUUACUAUUGUUACAAUGAGAGAUGAAGAUGAUAAUGAUGAUGAUGAUGAUGAUGAUAAUGAUCAUGAUGAUGGUGAUGAUUUGCUAACAACCACGGUUGGAAAAGCGAGUUCAAACAGCGAAAAAUGCCACCGCGUAAGCAAAACAACCAACAAAAACAAAACUCUGCAACACGCUAAUAGUAACUCCGAUAACAUGAAAUCUAAUAAUUAUAAAAUUUUACUAUUAUAUAACAAUAUUUAUUACAAAUUACAGUUUAUAAUUUACAAAUUGAGAAAAAAAAAUUUAAAAAAAUUAAAAGAAAACACUUACAAAUAAGUAUCACAAAACUUUAAACACAAACGUAAAUUAAAUUAAGAAAUCGUUGAAUCAGCUGCAGAUUUUUUAGAUAAAUAUAUGAGCGAGUUUAAAUGUAAAUAUUUUUUAAAUUGAUAUUUCUUUUCAUCGCUUUUUGCGGAGGAUUUCCGCCUAGUGUCACCCCAUCAAGUAUGAUUUGUCACCUUCACCGUGAUACUAGAUUUCGUUUGCUAUAUUUUUUUGUUUGUAGUCAACUAUAUCAUGGUAAUGAUUUCAUUAAUGUAUAGGAAAUUCGCGAUUGUAUGCUGUACCAUCCCUAGUUGCUGUUAAAUUGCUUUCCUUGAUGUUCAUUAACCCACCCCUUCACUCUGCAGCCUGAAAGUGAUUAUUAUAUAUUAAAUAAAAAAAAAAGAUUCCCCGUCUUUUCCUCUGUAUUGGAUUUUUUAGGAAUGUUGAAAAUAGUGUGAUACUACCCUCUAGCUAUUGAAUCUAUACUCAAACGAAAGGAAUAUCAAUGAAAAAUAUUGACCGAAAUGCUUCCCGGUAACAUCGAGCCGCGAGCCCCAUAAGAGAAGAGGCUCUCAAUCGAAGUGGAUCACGUUUCGGACUUGGCAAUCUCCACUGAAAAAAAUGUUCCGCGUGAAAUGAGACGACCAUUCCCAUAUACUAGGGGGAGAGGUCAUCAUUGUGCCAUCUGUAGUUUUUUUUUUUACGCGGACAAUUGAUUUUGGUGUAGGUUGGUAAGUUGUGUGCCACUUCCUAAAACCGAAACUGUGCGAUGUUAGCGAGGAAGCUGUUCUCCGCCCACAUUCGCUUGCUGACCACCUAAACACAAAUGAACGGAAUUAAUAAAAUCAAUUCGGGGCCUAAUAUUGUGAACACGAACAACAUCAACAACAACAAUAUAUAACAAACAAACAAACAAAUAAAGAUAAAAUGAAUUCUUCGCUGCCUCCGCGAAUUCACAUUAGCACAUCUGCCUAAGCGAUUACGACUGCGAACAAAACAAAACCAAGAAACAAAUAAAAAAAAUGCAACAGACAAAGAGUUAUACAAAAAAACACACACGCGAGAAUGAAGGAAUUGAGCGAAAGGAAAGCUUCCUGAAUUUUCACGGUGGUACCAAUAAACAGAAGAAGAAGAAGAAGAAGAAAAAAAAGAAAACAUAGAAGGCAAAAUGACAACACAGUUGUAAGAACGAAAAGUUUAAAGUUGUUAUCUUUUGAAAUUUAGUGAGUGUGCUAACCUUUAAUCAUUAGAUAUUUGAAUGACAAACAAAAAAAAUAAAAAAAAAACAAAACAAGGAAGAGAAGGUAGUCUGGAGUCCAUGAAAAAAAGUAAGCAAACUGAGUUACGGUAGGAUUAAAAUUUCUUCAAAGUAUUGGUCCUAUUUAAAUGUACGAAAUAAAAUUAUAAAUGUUUUCCCCCUAUUUAUUAAAUAUAUUUUUUGUCGUCUAUUUUACCUAACAAAAACUACACGAAAUGUUGUUCUUUGAGAUCAAUUUGUGAAUUUUGCAACUUCUAACCAACGAUUUUACUACUAAGUUUUGAGUUUACUAUUAACUACUGCAGUACACGCUACUAUUUCGGUUACCAUACCAGUUUCGUUGUCCCUGAUCUACUACCGUAUAGUGCAUAUCCCGAUACUGUUUUAUUUUCUUGUUUGUUUUAAACCAUAAGCUAAAGACAAUUUCAUUUAGUACAUACACGUUUCUCAUUAUAUCGGUUAUUUUUAGCAACAAGUCGGUACGACUAGCAGGAUCCAUUUAUGCUAGACACAUUUUUGUACAGUUUUCGAAAUAAAAAAUCAAUAUUUUGUCUCAUUUUAUUUAUUACA